AUGGCCGCUGUUUCAGCCGCAGCGAGAGCCGACCCGGCCCAGUGGAAGAAGAACCUUUCGGCCCACGUCAUUUGCCCCGAGUGCAAGGAAGUGCCACCGAACCUGGAGUUUCCUGGCUCUCACGAAACCGUUUGUGGAUCAUGUGGGCUGGUGCUUGCUGAUCGUGAAAUUGAUAUGCAUUCCGAGUGGCGUACUUUUUCGAACGAUGACCAGAACAACGACGACCCGUCGCGUGUGGGAGAUGCUACGAACCCGCUCUUGAAUGGUGAUCAGCUGGAAACCCAGAUUGCCAGCGGUGGUUCCGGUCGAGUCCGCGAUCUGUACCGUGCUCAGAACAAGCAGUCGAGCGAGAAGGCGAACAAGGCUCUUUUGGCGGCUUACAAGGAAAUCGGUGCUCUCUGCGAUGGUUUCAACAUCCAGAAGAACGUGGCGGAUACCGCCAAGUAUCUCUUCAAGGUUGUCGAUGACGCGAAGGCCUUCAAGGGAAAAUCUCAGGAUGUGAUAAUUGCGGGCUGUAUCUUCAUUGCCUGCCGUCAAUGCAAGGUGCCCCGUACCUUCACGGAGAUAUUUGCAGUCACCAAGGUCACCCGCAAGGAAAUCGGACGUAUAUACAAGGCUCUGGAGAAGUUCUUCACGGCCCAGAACCUGGAGCGGAUCAACGCUGUGGUCUCGAGCGGAGGCGUGCCUGACCCCAACGACACCUACACCGCGACCACCUCCACCAAACCCAGCGAUCUCUGCAACCGUUUCUGUAACCUGCUUGAUCUGCCCUUCCAGGUCACCAGUGUGUCCUCUUCUCUUUCGGAUCGCGUGACCACGAUGGGAGAUCUGGCUGGUCGGUCCCCCCUGUCCAUCGUGGCCGCUUGCAUCUACAUGGCGUCGUAUUUGAUGGGUCAAGGCAAAUCCGCCAAGGAGAUAUCACAGGUGGCGCACGUCAGCGACGGGACGAUCCGCGGUGCUUACAAGCAGCUUUACGCCGAACGUGAGCGCCUGAUCGACCCCGCAUGGAUCAAGGACGGGAAAGGUGAUCUGAAGAAUCUCCCUGCUAGCUAG